AUGGCGAGAAUUGUAUCAUCUGGUUUUGUUGCACUGUUGAUGAUUGCAUUAACAGACUCCACUGUCUAUAUGGAAGACGAACAUGAAAUAGAUUUUCUGGACUUUUUGGUGAACUCUUUUAAUAGUAGAAAAAGUCACUCAAAUAGUGACCCCAAGUUAAGUGAAGAAGCCGACAAGAUUGCAGAUGGAUGUUCUGUCAGCAAAGGUUUAUAUGAAUUGAAUGGAGAAAAUUUGACGGUCACAAGUUUCUCGAGAUCGAGCAAUCUCAAGCAGGCUUAUUACGGAUGGGCAAUAGAUUUUUUUAUUGCUCAAUUAUGUAAGAAGAAUUACUGCUUGCUACCGACAGAUUCGUAUUAUGGAGGAAACAAGUUUGACGUCGGUUGUGCGCACAAUGAUAAAUGUAAAGGUCUCAAGGCCUUCGUCGUCUGCUUGUGGAGAGAUAGGAAAAUGGACUUUUACAAAGAAGUUCUAUCUCAACCUAACUAA